AUGUGCCAGAUGGUACAAGCAGCAAUCAACAAGAUUGAGCUUGAUGUUUUCGGUUUUCGCGAUUUGAACCUCAAACUCAUCGACUUUGCAAACAGUUCUUGUCUUGAAAUUGACGAGGACACCGAGCUCGUAGAUGAAGAUGGUUAUACCGCCGAGAUCGAUCUACUACAUGUCUCCUAUGUGAUCUAUUCCAUUUCUCGCUGGGAAAAGUUUGAGAACGACCACAUCAUGUCGAUGGACAAAUGGCCUGCUGCAGAUUCCCUGCCAUCGACUUCCAAUCUACCACUCGGCGAUAUCAUUACAAAAGCAUGGUCUCGUCAAUUCAACAACCUUGACGAACUUAAGCUUGCUAUAAAAUCUGCGGCUCCGAAGAUUGCAACAACCGCACAUGAUAAAUGCAGCAGCAUUCUUUGA